UGCAUUGGUCACACUGACAGUGACAGGUAACUAACUGUCAGUACCUGUAUUGUUGGAAUAUUUUAAUUAAAUAAAAUUCUAAAUACUCUUAAUUCAUACAAUGUCAGGUGAAGAAACUAUCAGUAAAUCAGACUUUUUUCUUCGAGAUAUUCCCAGUGCAAAGAUAGGUAAAACUUCGUCUGCUACGAAGAAAAAUAUAGUAAAGGAACAAUUACAGUUUCUACACUUAAACGAUGAAGUCCAAGAACAAAUUAUGGAAACUCUUCGGUUUAUUCAUGGAUCGGAGUUUGCCUUAAAAAAAGCAUCUGAUUACGAAGAUGUUAAAACUAAUCUUGGGAAAAAAUACUGGAUGGGCCAGAGUAAUUUGGUCAUUAAAGGGGCUCGUGAUUUUUCGAAAAUGGAAGAUGUGACAUAUGAAGUGGAUCGGUUAAAAGAAUUUGCGUUGUUAAGGUUACAAAGUUAUGGUUUUCACCAAAAUCAUUGCAUUGAGGCCUUAACGUAUUGCGAAGAUAACGUCGAAGAUGCACUUUAUGUCUUGUAUAACAAGUAUUUUAAUUCAAGUGAAAUCGAAUUACCUAAUCAGGACUUCACCGAGCAAGAUCUUUUAGAGCAGAGAAACGACGAGAAAAGUUCAUUAGAAUCCAUCUAUGGUAAAAUCUUCCACGAGAAAGUUCAGAACACAGUCUGGAUUAUUACCUUGAAGUUAAAUUAUUUAAUUAAAAUAUUUCACAAUAAAAGUACAAACAAGACACAAAAACCAGUGCAAAAUCAUGUAAAGAAAAAAGAAAAAUGUCGUAAUUUUUUAUCUGGGUCCUGCAAAUGGGGUGAGAAGUGUCGGUUUUCUCACGAAAGAGAAGUUGUGGAAAAGGAUCCUAACCAACAUUUGACUGACUAUGAUUUCGAAUUAGAAAUACGUUUUCCUUACAAUUCAAAAUACCCCUAUGAACCUCCAUUAAUCUUAUUGAAGACCAACGCAGUAUUACCGCCUUUAAUGAAUUUACAUAUUUGUAAGAGACUGUAUGAUGAAGCUAGGAUUUUGGCCGAAGACGGCAUACCUUCUGUUUAUACUAUAAUCGAACUUUUAACGAAUGAAGAAGAAAUUACAGCUCACGUGAGCACUGAACCUCGAUUUAUUUCACCGAGUGUGAAACUUUUUGAGGAUAUUCGUCCAAAAACUUCAAAAGUUAAAAGGCCUAGUCACUACAUCAAAGGAAUAACUAAUCGUGAUAGCCAGAAUGUUCUUACUCCAGAAGAGAUUCGGGAAAUUGAUGAUAAGAUAGCAAAAAAGUUUAAGUUUAUGGUAAAAGACGAAAAGUACCGCGAAAUGUUACAAUAUCGCAAAAAAUUGCCAGUGUGGGGGUUCAUGAAUGAUAUUUUGAACACGAUUCAGCAGUCUCAGGUUGUCGUUAUCAGUGGUGAAACGGGUUGUGGAAAAAGUACUCAGAUACCGCAGUAUAUUUUUGACGAUUGGUUAGUCAAUUAUGAGCAGGAUCCCAAACAUAUUGAAAUCGUGUGUACUCAACCUAGGAGAAUUUCUGCUAUCGGCGUAGCGGAAAGAGUAGCCGCGGAGAGAAACGCGAAAGUUGGCAAUACCGUGGGAUAUCAAAUAAGACUCGAGUCUAAAAUUUCAACCUACACGCGAUUGACGUUUUGCACAACUGGAAUUUUGUUGAGGCGACUGCAGAGUGAGCCCUAUCUGUCUCAGGUGACGCACAUUAUUGUUGAUGAAGUCCAUGAACGCAGCGAACAGAGCGACUUUCUUUUGUUAAUUCUUAAAGACGUCCUCCCUUUCCGACCAGAUUUGAAGGUUAUCUUAAUGAGUGCCACAAUGAAUGCUCAGUUAUUUUCCGACUACUUCGGUGGAGUUCCUGUUUUAUCUAUUCCGGGUCGAACUUUCCCGGUAGAACAACACUUUUUAGAGACAGUUUUUGACAUUACCGGUUACGUCCUGGAAGAGGGAGCGGAGUAUUGUAGGAAAAAUUACGAUUCGGAAUUCUUUCAACUUAGUUUGAAUGCCCCUGCAAAGAGCGUAGAGCCGAGCAAUAAAAUCAAAGACGAGGAUUUAGCGUUCGCUCAGUUGUUGGCUCGGUAUAAAGAUUACACUCACGUGUGUUGCAAGAACAUUUGUCUGAUGGAUCCAACAGUGGUGAAUAACGAAUUAAUAGAAUCCCUUCUCAUGUGGAUAGUUUUUGGAGAGCAUAAAUAUCCACGACAGGGGACAAUUUUAGUUUUUCUUCCGGGUAUUGCCGAAAUCACAAGUUUGUACGAUCAGUUGGCCGUACAUAAAGAGUUCGGGUCCAGAAAUAACAAAUAUUUAGUGCUACCGCUUCAUUCGUCGCUUUCCAGUGAAGAGCAGGGGUUGAUUUUUAGCAAACCGAAGGGCGUGCGAAAAAUAAUCCUGUCUACGAACAUCGCCGAAACAUCGGUCACUAUAGAUGAUUGCGUCUUUGUAAUUGAUUCCGGUCGUAUGCGAGAGAAACACUUCGAUCCUAACCGAAACAUGGAGAGUCUUGAAACCGUCUGGGUGACUCGAGCCAAUGCUCUUCAGCGCAAAGGAAGGGCAGGCCGUGUGAUGCCAGGUGUCUGCUUCCAUUUAUACACAAGCAACAGAUUCAAUUAUCAAAUGCUUUCCCAACCAAUCCCUGAAAUGCAUCGUAUUCCACUGGAGCAGUUAAUUCUCAACAUCAAACUCUUGCAAAAUUUCGAGGAUAAAGAUGUUUCUGAUGUCAUCAAUGCUUUGAUCGAACCUCCCAAGCAAGAGCAUUCGGAUACAGCAAUUCUUCGACUUGAGAAUGUCGGCGCAUUAGAUCGGGAUCAGCAGUUAACGGCAUUGGGUCAUCAUUUGGCCGCUUUGCCGGUAGACGUUCGCAUCGGAAAAUUACUAUUGUACGGGGCAAUUUUUUCCUGUGUCGAUUCAGCCUUGACGAUGGCCGCUUGUUUGAGUCAUAAAAGCCCGUUUGUCACUCCUUUCAGGAAAAGGGAUGAAGUUGACGAGAAGAAAAAAAAGUUUGCGACGGGGCAUAGCGACCACAUCACCAUGCUCAUAGCGUAUAAGAAGUGGUUGACGACGUACAAGAAGAGUAGUAUGGCGGGAAGGAAUUUUGCGCAUGAGAAUUUUUUGUCGUUGAGAACAUUGCUUACGAUUGCCGAUAUUAAACAUCAGUUUUUGGAGUUUUUAGUUGAUAUUGGUUUUAUUCCCGUUAACUUAGGCGGAAAGAGGAGGAGCGGGGAAGAUAACAUCAUUCAAAUAACCGGAUCUGAGUUUAACCACAACGGCGACAAUUUGAACGUCCUCGGUGCGAUUUUAUGUGCAGCGUUGUAUCCUAACGUGAUAAAAAUAUUGACACCGCCUAAAUCUUACGUGAAAACCGCUGCCGGCGCCAUUCCCAAAGACAAUGAUGCCAAAGAUUUCAAAUUUUUAACAUCAAAGGAAACGGUGUUUCUCCAUCCCUCGUCGGUGAAUUUCACGGUUAAAAAUUUCCCAAGCCCGUAUUUAGUUUAUCAGGAAAAAGUCAAGACCAACAAGGUAUAUUUUAGAGAUUGCACUGUCAUUCCAUCCAUCUCCCUGGUUCUUUUCUCGGGAUUUGAUUUGGAUAUUAGCGUAAAUAACGGAUGCACGUUUAUUUCACUCGAACGUGGUUGGAUUAUGUUUCAAGUAGAAGAGCAUAAGAUUGCGGAGAUGGUGAAGAUGCUGAGAGACGAGUUGUUCAUGCUACUUGAGGAGAAAAUUAAGGAUCCAUUAUUGAAUAUUUGGCAUCACGAUAAAGGAGAACGAAUUAUAACAACAAUUCUAAAUUUAAUCAAUCUAAAGUGCUGACGAACAUAAUAAAAUACUUCAUUCAAGAGGAAACAUUUUUGUUAUUGUUGUGUAUGAUACCAGACAAAUAAAGAUUUAUUUUGUUAUAGCA